GCUGUCUUCCGGGUAGGGGCCACGUGGCCCUGGCUGGGCGGGGGGCUCGGCCCACCCCGCGCCGGCCCCAGUGACUCAGACCUCAGCUGUUCCCGCGUCACAUGAGGGAGGUCGGCGGCCACCCGGCGGGGGAGGGGACCGUGGCUGGAGCCCGGGGCGGGGCCGCGCGGCAGGCGGGGCCGGAGCCGGGGGGCGCAGCUAGAGAGCCCCGGCGCCGCGGCGGGAGAGGAGCGCGCAGCCUUGGGGAUCCCAGGCCCGGCAGCCAUGGCGGUGGAAGGAGGAAUGAAAUGUGUGAAGUUCUUGCUCUACGUCCUCCUGCUGGCCUUUUGCGCCUGUGCAGUGGGACUCAUUGCUGUGGGUGUCGGGGCACAGCUCGUCCUGAGUCAGACCAUAAUCCAGGGGGCUACCCCUGGCUCCCUGUUGCCUGUGGUCAUCAUUGCAGUGGGUGUCUUCCUCUUCUUGGUGGCCUUUGUGGGCUGCUGCGGGGCCUGCAAGGAGAACUACUGUCUUAUGAUCACGUUUGCCAUCUUCCUGUCUCUUAUCAUGCUGGUGGAGGUGGCCGCAGCCAUUGCUGGCUAUGUGUUUAGAGAUAAGGUAAUGUCAGAGUUUAAUAACAACUUCCGGCAGCAGAUGGAGAAUUACCCAAAAAACAACCACACUGCUUCGAUUCUGGACAGGAUGCAGACAGAUUUUAAGUGCUGUGGGGCUGCUAACUACACAGAUUGGGAGAAAAUCCCUUCCAUGUCGAAGAACCGAGUCCCUGACUCCUGCUGCGUUAAUGUCACUGUGGGCUGUGGGAUUAAUUUCACUGAGAAGCAGAUCCAUAAGGAGGGCUGUGUGGAGAAGAUUGGGGGCUGGCUGAGGAAAAACGUGCUGGUGGUGGCUGCAGCAGCCCUCGGAAUUGCUUUUGUCGAGGUCUUGGGAAUUGUCUUUGCCUGCUGCCUCGUGAAGAGUAUCAGAAGUGGCUACGAGGUGAUGUAGGGGUCUGGACUCUUCACGCGCUUCGUCUUGGGGAGUGUAGUAUCCUCCGGGUUUUUCAAUUAAACGGAUUAUUUUUUCAGACCGAA